AUGCGUCUUGAAGCCAAAGCUGGUCUGGAUGAAGAGCUCCAGGACUUGAAGCUCAGAUUUGAAUUGUUAGAGGGCGAUCGAAAAGCAUACUACGAAACAAGUCAAUGGGCCAUCAGACAAAACAAGGACGAAAUAGGCAAACUACGUACCCAAAACAAGGAUUUGGCUGAUCAGAUUGCCAAAAUCAAAAAGCAUGAAUUAGACUCUGCAUCAUCACGCGUAUCAACAGACGCACUGGAGAAAUUCGAGCACAAGAUUUGCGAAGUGCAAAAGAAAUACGAUGAUAUGCAAGCCGAAGCACGAAACAAGGAAGAGAGAUUACGUGAAAUGGGAGAUCAAUUGGACUUAUUCCGUCGUGAAGCUGAAAUGGUUAAAUCUAAUGUUCAGGAUUCUCCAGCUGCAAAGGAAAUCCGAACACUCGAAAACAGACUGGACAAGGCCACAAUCAAAUACAAUGAAGCUCAAUCAAUCCGCAAGACCUAUGAACAAAUCACCCGAAAAUUGCAAGACGAGAGACUUACUUUUGACAAACAAAUUGAAGGUUUUGAACGAACUUUGAGAGCAAAGAGACAUGAUGCUUCUGAUUUGGAAGCUAUGAGUCGUGAUGCUAAUCAUGCCAAGGAAGUUGCAAAGGCUGAAUUGGCACGAUUCGAAGCUCAAAUCAACGAAGAGCGCAAGCAGCGUGAAAAGGAUUUGACGUUCCGAAAGGAGAUGGUCAAGCAUCAAAUGGAGUUGGCUGACAAGCUGAAUAUUACUUCAAUGCAAAUGGAAGAUCCAACAGCCGAAUCCGCCCUCCCCUCCUCCGAAUCCAAACCAACCCGAGACGACACCCUUGAGCAAGCCGCCCUCGAAUUCGAACACACGCUCCGCGUAAUCCAAGAAGCAACCGGCGCAUCCGACAUUUCAGAAGUCUCGGCCCGGUUCCAAGCCCAACAAGAAACCAAAUCACACCUGAUUUCACUACAACGUAAAGCGGAAUCCCGUGUCGAUUCAUUGAAACAGGAACACAAAGAAGCGAUUAAGGAAUUGGGUGAAUUGAAAUACUCGGGCGAGUCACGCACUGCACAGAGUGCUGCUGUCGUUGCUGAUUUCGAAGGGCAUUUGAGUGUUGCUGAGGUUAAAUGUGGCGAGACGAGGGGCAGGUAUGAGCGGCUGAGUCGGUUGUUGAAUGAUGCGAGGUCGGGGACUCAGCAUCUUUGUGAUAAGCUGGAAGGCAUUCAAAUGGCUGAAAAGACACCAAUGCCAGCCGUAUCAGACGACACAGUCGCAUCCGUUCUCGAAGUCUGUGUGGCUAAAUUGGAGACCUUGAUUUCUAGUCUGCAACAACGUGAUAUUCCUGACCCUGCAACCGUCGCAUCACAAGUCGCCGGCGAACCAGUCGGUAUCCUUCAAGUAGGACAAUCCGGCCUCCCACCAUACAACACUCGAGUCAAAUUACGUCCUCUUGAAUUCGAGCCAGAGUCUGCUGAAGAUGAAGAUGAAAACGAUGACGAUUUCGCCGAAGUGCCUGAUCGUGAGACUUUGAAGAAACACACUGCACAGCUCUUAGCUUCUAGGUCCAAAGGAGCGAAAGCGCCUAAGAAGAGUCGAAAGGGAAAGAAGGAUGGUGAUGAUGAUGAAGAGUAG